AGCGAUAAGGUAACUGAGGUAUAUGCAAAUUGCGGGUUUCUUUUUUUGUUGGGGGAUUUGAUGAUAUGCAGCAAUUGAUUGAUCGAUUGAAAUCAUGAGUUUGCUUGUGCUGUCUGAGCUCACAGUCAUGGGGUGUUGGUAAAAAGUAACUGAAGCAGUGGCUCAAUUGGUGGAUGCCUUGUAGUUGUGCUUACUUCCGGAAUCUAGAUACGUUUGAUCUGUCAGAAAAGAUUUAAGUAAUUGACUCAAACUCUGGAGGCUCGCUACAGUAUAUUGCUACUUGUUUAUUAUUGACUGUACUGGACUACAGAUCAAUUUGAUUAGAUUUUGUGCUACAAAGCUCCUGACUUUUACAUAAAAGACAAUGGGACAGGUGGGCGAUAAUGACAUGAUUGUCACUCAAAUUAGCGUUGGAGGGCUUGAGGGUUAUGUCACAGCUAAGCUGCUUUCAGACUACCUUGAAGACAAUGUUGGACUUGUCUGGAGGUGUCGAGUGAAGACCUCCUCCACUCCCCAGGACUCGUAUCCAAAUUACGAGAUAGACACUGAGAAUGUGCAGAGAAAAGGUGAAUAUGAGAAGGUUGAACCACAUGCUUUUGUGCAUUUCGCAGUUGCACAGUCAUCAGCUUCGGCGAUGAAGUUAUCAGGUGCUGGAGACCUUGUCUUGGGCCGGCAUAUUUUAAAGGUCGGUUUGGGCCCACAAAAUCCUUAUCGUUUGAGGGAGAGAAGAAGAACUACAACGCCCUACAAGGUACCGGGUGUCACAGUUGAGAUUGGGGCUAUGAAGAGCCGAGAUGAGUUUGUUGUUGGUUGGAGGGGGCCUCGUACUGGGCUUGAUUUUCUUGUUGAUCCAUUCAAUGGGACGUGCCAAAUUCUUUUCACAAAGGAUACUGCAUUCUCCAUAAAAGGUGAAGCGAGGCCGGCUGUGAUAAAAUGCAAUUUCAAGAUGGAGUUCGUACCGAGGGAAAUAAAUCAAAUCAAGCGUUACAAAGAUUUUUCUUCCGUGGUAGUUUUAUUUCAGCUGGCUUCAUCACCCCUGCUUUACUAUAGAACGGCAGAUGAUGAUAUUGAAGAAUCAGUACCGUUUGAUUUAUUGGAUGAUGAUGAUCCCUGGAUACGUACAACAGAUUUCGUUCCCAGUGGGGCAAUUGGUAGGUCUAACACUUACCGUAUUUCUGUCCGACCUAGGCACCUUUCUCAACUCGAGAAGGCUUUGGGAUAUCUUCAAAACCGUAGAGUGCCGGUUGAGAAUGGAAGUCCACAAGAGCGCCUCCGUGUGCAGGAUGAGCCUGAUUUCGGGGUGCCAAUGGCAGAUCCAUUUUUCUGCUUUCAGUACAAGGAAGGUCUGAAUUUCAAGGUUAUGUUUAUGGUGAAUGCCGUUGUUCACAAAGGCAUAAUCAAUCAACAUCAGACGUCGAAGCAGUUUUUUGAUCUGUUGAGAAGUCAGCCAGAGGAGCUCAACUUGGUUGCCCUUAAGCACAUCUAUUCGUACAAGCGUCCUGUUUAUGAUGCUUACAGGGCUUUGGAUUCUGUGACAAAAUGGCUAAUUAAAAACCCUAAACUCCUUCAGAGGCCAGAUCAGAUGGAUGAUAUUGUUGAAGUUAGAAGACUGGUCAUAACUCCAUCGAAAGCCUAUUGUCUUCCACCUGAGGUUGAACUGUCGAACAGAGUAUUAAGAAAUUACAAGAAUAUUUCCGAUCGGUUCCUUAGAGUAACUUUUAUGGAUGAAGCAAUGCAGACCCUUAACAAAAAUGUCCUCACAUACUAUGCGGCUCCUAUUGUUAGGGAAAUCACCUCAAAUCUCAACCCGCAAAGGACCACCAUGUUCAAACGGGUGAGAGAUAUCUUAUACCAAGGCUUCUAUUUGUGCGGUAGAAGAUACUCGUUUCUGGCUUUCUCAUCAAAUCAACUAAGGGACCGUUCUGCCUGGUUCUUUGCUGAAGACAGAAAAACAAGUGUUGUCUGCAUCAAAACCUGGAUGGGGAAAUUCACGAACCGUAAUGUUGCAAAGUGCGCAGCAAGAAUGGGGCAGUGCUUCUCUUCCACUUAUGCUACAGUGGAAGUCCCUUCUGCACAAGCUAACUCAAAGUCCGACGUUGAGAGAAACGGGUAUAUUUUCUCUGAUGGCAUAGGCAUGAUAUCUGCUGACCUUGCAAAAGAAGUUGCAGAGAAAUUGCAGUUGAGAACGAAGUUGCCCUGUGCUUAUCAGAUAAGAUAUGCAGGCUACAAAGGUGUUGUUGCAUGUUGGCCUGCUGAAAACAAUGGACACCGCUUGCAACUCCGUCCAAGUAUGAAGAAAUUUGAUUCAGAUCACACUACUUUAGAAAUUUGUUCCUGGACAAGAUUCCAGCCCGGUUUCUUAAACCGUCAAAUUGUCACACUACUGUCUUCUUUAGAAGUCUGUGAUGAAAAUUUUUGGAGAAUGCAAGAACUAAUGAUAGCAAGACUUGAUGGCAUCCUCGAAGAUCCUGACAUGGCAUUUGAUGUGCUUACUGCAUCAUGCAGUGAUCAAGGGAAUACAGCAGCAAUGAUGUUAGCUGCUGGUUUCAGGUCUCAUACCGAACCUCAUCUACGAGGUAUGCUGAUGAGCAUUAGGGUUUCCCAGCUUGGGGACCUUAGGGAAAAGUCCAGAAUUUUCGUUCAUUCUGGGAGGUGGUUGAUGGGUUGUUUGGAUGAGCUUGGUGUUCUUGAAUAUGGUCAGUGCUUCAUCCAGGUCUCAAAGCCAUCUUUAGAAGAUUGUUUUGCGAAUCAUGGAUCAGAGUUUUCUGAGACCAAAAAAGACCUUGAAGUCAUCAAGGGCCUAGUUGUAAUUGCAAAGAACCCAUGUCUUCACCCUGGAGAUGUGCGGAUUCUUGAGGCAGUUGAUGUUCGUGGGCUGCACCAUCUUUAUGAUUGUCUCGUCUUCCCUCAGAAGGGAGAGAGACCACAUGCAAAUGAAGCAUCCGGGAGUGAUCUGGAUGGGGAUCUCUAUUUUGUCACGUGGGAUGAUACUCUCAUUCCUCCGAGCAAGAGAAGCUGGCUGCCAAUGGACUAUGAGCCUGGAGAAGUUAAACUAAAGCCACGUGAAGUGACACACUCAGACAUCAUUGAAUUUUUCACUAAGAACAUGGUGAACGAAAGUCUGGGUACUAUCUGCAAUGCUCACGUGGUUCAUGCUGAUCUUAGUGAAUAUGGCGCAUUGGACGAGAAGUGCAUUAAAUUGGCUGAGCUUGCAGCCAUUGCUGUUGAUUUUCCCAAAACAGGAAAGAUCGUGACUAUGCCUCCAGAUUUGAAGCCACAGAUGUAUCCGGACUUCAUGGGAAAGGAAGAGCUUCAAUCAUAUAAAUCCACUAAGAUCUUAGGCAAGCUCUACCGCAGAGUCAGAGAUGCUUACAACCUAGAUUAUGAAGCAUCUUCUCAACUGACUUAUCCUGCGGAUAUCUCAUAUGAUCAAGAACUUGAAGUCACAGGUUCAAAGGAUUUUAUUGCCGAUGCUUGGAGCUGCAAGUGUUCGUAUGAUGGACAGUUGGCUGGCCUCUUAGGGCAAUAUAAAGUGAAUAGUGAAGAUGAGGUUGUCACUGGACACAUAUGGUCCAUGCCUAAGUUCAGUAGUAAAAAACAAGGGGAAUUGAAGGAAAGACUGAAGCACGCCUAUAACGCCCUCAGGAAGGACUAUAGGAAAGUUUUCGAGUGCAUGGCCCCUGGAUUUGACCAGCUCCCGGAUCAUGAGAAGAAUGUUCUUUACGAACAAAAGGCAUCGGCUUGGUAUCAAGUAACAUACCAAGAUAAUUGGGUGAAAAAGUCCAAGGAGUUACAAGAGCUGGAUGAUUCUGGGAAGACAGUCUUGUUGAGCUUUGCUUGGAUAGCUGCUGACUAUCUUGCUCGGAUUAAAAUCAGGCGCAGAAGGAUGGAGAAUGCUAUCUCCAGCAAGCCCAUUGAUUCUCUGGGCAGGUACCUGGCUGAUAAAAUCUGAUUCGACGUUCUUGUUUCUUGAUCACACGGCUGUAAGGCCAUUCUGCCGCUUAUGGAAGUUAGUAUCUGCCCUGCACAAAACCCCAGUUUUGCACGGGCAAGCUGUCAUCCUCUACUGUUUUGCUUUUGUUUCUUUCAAGCAAGUUAUUUGAAGUUGCUCUUGUUAAUUUAAGUUGCCCAGUAGUACAAUGGAUCUGUAAUCUUCUCUAUGUUUUCAAUCACUGAUCUUUAUGAAUUUCUUGAUUAUAAUAUGCUCUCCAUUGUCUUAA